CCUCUCUGCUACACGUUUAUACAGUAUUGACUAUUGAGUAUACAAUAUAUUAUAUAUCUGUGAUUAUAAACGGAUUGCGGUGACCUAGAUUUUGAAAAGUAUUUAUAACAAAAAUAUCAUUAAAGGAUCAGUUUAAUGAGGUCAACAUAACGAUUAGAAAUCGUUGUUACUAUGGCUACUUUCUCUAGAUUCCAUAAAAUUGCACUAAUAAGUUUAGGUGCUGUGGGAGGAGGUUUUGCUUAUUAUCAAUUAGGUAGUAAUGAAAAGAAAUUCGGUGUUCAGAACUCGUGGACAACGAACUUUACGCCUAGUGUUAAAUGGGAAAAGAAUUGGGACCAUCGAGAACCCGAGUCUAUAGUGAAGCCGGCAAAAAAUGGGAAGAUCGAGGACGAUAAUAGAUACAAUGAGCAAAUCGAGAAGGCUAAGAGUAAAGCUGUGAGGCAUUUGUUUUUAAUUCGCCAUGGGCAAUACAAUGUUGAUGGAAAUACUGAUAAAGACAGAAUUUUAACUGAAUUGGGUAGGCAACAAGCAGAGCUAACUGGAAAGCGCCUUGCAGAGCUUGAUAUAAAAUGGGAUCUACUUGUUAGAUCUACUAUGACUCGAGCACAGGAGACUGCAAAAAUUAUUGGAAAAUAUUUACCUAGCGAUAUUGAAAUCAAAGACUGUCAAUUGAUAGAGGAAGGUGCUCCUAUUCCACCUGAACCUCCAGUAGGACAUUGGCGACCGGAACCAAAACAGUUCUUCCAGGAUAGUGCUCGGAUUGAAGCUGCCUUUAGAAGAUACUUUCAUCGGGCAUCACCAGAACAAACACAGGAUACAUACACCUUGCUAGUAUGCCAUGCAAAUGUAAUACGGUUCUUUGUAUGCAAGGCAUUGCAAUUCCCACCUGAAGGCUGGCUUAGAAUUUCGCUAAGCCAUGCAUCAAUAACGUGGGUCUCCAUACUUCCGAAUGGCAAUGUGGUGCUAAGAUCACUCAGUGAUACGGGACAUAUGGAGCCUAAAUACAUCACCAGUCGGUAAAUGAGUUGCUAUAUAGGUUUUAUUUUUACAGGUUUUGUAGCUUAGUUACAGCAAAUGUAAGAGUUCAUCCAAAAAUACUUAUUUUUAUAAUAAGAAAAGAAAUGGCAAGCAUGAUCUUGUCGCCGCCUUAAGGCACAAUUUUAGUGUUUAAUCUAUGAGAAGUUAUCACACAAUACACGACAAUAGAACUAUUUCUUAAGGAUUAUGAUUGUGCGUUUUGUUGCAAUAAUGGUAACAUCAGUUUUGGAAGCAAUAAGCCACUCGCCAUUUCUUGACUUAUUAUGAUUUCUAUGUUUGAUACAUUUCGAUUUGGUUUAACAAAUAGCUCUAAAAAAAUUUAUCUGAUCAAUUUUAAAUAAGGUUGUGAGUAGUCAUUUCACGUGUACUUCAACAGGAAUUGUGAAUGUUAUUCAAGUAUCAAGAUUAGUCCAAAACGUAAAACUUAAAUGAAGUGAAUCUGUUGGUAUAGACUAUGAGUGUGUAAACUUAAAUAUGUACUAGUGUAACUUGUUUCCUGUUUUUUGAAACGCUUCUUACUGAAUUUGUAAAGUUGUCCGAGGGUGUCAAAAUUUCGGAAAUGCCAAGUUGUCAGAUAUCCAUAGCCUGUUUAUGACAGUGCUGGUAGGGCUUUAUCAUUACUGUCUAGCAACUUGGAAAGCUUGACAACUAAUAAGGACUAUAUAAUCAUAUAAUUUUUCAAUUUUCAAUAAUUCAAUAGUAGCCAUGGUCGAUAGAACGUCAAUAUGUUAAUAUGCGAGUAGUAUUCAACCAAAUGGAAAAAAACUUAUAAUCAUGAGAAGAGAUACUAGGGUUGUGUAUGUUCUGAAAUUAGUUCAUGUAUGUAAAGCUAUAUUUCAAAUGUGCCUCACGUUAGUAAUUUGUUUGAAUAAUCACUGCCACCAUAUGUUAACUAUAAUAAAAGCUAUGUAUUAGCAUUAUAAACCCGAAAUACCUCAAACUACUUAAAAGUGUACCUAUAUUUUUAUUUAUAAGUGUAAAAUAUAUGGUUUGAUAUUAAACUGGUUUAUGUGA